AUGUGUCGUCAUGAUAUUUGUAUUGUACGAGCUUGUUAUGAUCAUAAAGCAAGUUUGUGUAGACACGAGAGAAAGUCAUCACAUGAUUGUGACGUUUCCCAAUGUAAAAUUUGUCAACGUGUAAAGAGUCGUCCAACUGUCACAAAUAGUAAUCACAAUAAUCAUAGUAACAAUAGUAACCAUUCACCUCGGUCAGAUUCCUCAUCUGGAUCAAGUUCAUCAUCAUCAUCGGCCAAAAGUAGUCCAACUCUAUUUUCAAGUUCAGAAGCAGUGUUGCCAAUUGGAAGUUCGCCAGUAACAUAUCAAACCAAUUUAAUUGUUCUUGGAACAUCUAGUUCAUCUAGUUCUUCGUCUUCAUCAUCAACUUCAUCAAGUGCCAUUCCAUCGCCUGCAUCAAGUCCAAAACCAAAACAAGGUAAAACAUCUCCAACUUUAAAAGUUCAAAUUAAAUCGCCAAAAAAGUCUGCUUGUAUUUCUGGAUCAUCUUUGUCACCUACCAGUCUCUCAUCAUGUGUCUUUGAAAAGAAAAGGAAUAGUAAAGAGAAAUUGUUUCCCAAUUUAAAGAUUGAUAGUCAUAGUCAUAGUCAUAGUGGUCAAUACUCACCCCCUUCAUCGGCUACGACUAGUCCAGUUGCACCAGGUGAAAUCAUGAGAUCCCCUCUUUUACAUCAUCUUCAUCAUCCUCCACCUCCUUCCAACAACAACAACCAACCUCCAUUCAGUCCAACAGCCGGUAUAUUGCAUUUGACACCACAACAUGCACAAAGAGACCCUUUUGCACUAGACCUGGUAUUUGGUCCGUUGAUGGGAUACCCAAUCUCACCAACAUCAUCAUCACAUCAUCAUCAUCACCAACAUCAACAUCAACAUCAUCAAAUGUAUGCUAGUACUAGUACAAUAAUACCAACAUCUCCAUCAUCUACUGCUAUACCAUUACAUCCUUAUUCUGAUCAGCAUAAUGGUGGAGGUGGUGGGUCAGCUAUGGGAACACCAUCUUCUUCCUCCUCCUCUUCAUAUACCAGCUAUAGUACACCACUAGACUAUAAUGGAAUCAUUCCAACUACACCAACAACCAUUAUAGCACAUUCUCCAUCAUUGUCUGGGUGUGAACAACAACAUUUCAACGUCCCCUAUAUUAAUUUAACAUCAUCUGUUCAAGAUACUCCGCCUGUAUCCUUUAUUACUACCGUCACUCCUCAUAACCAACACCAUCAUCAACAACAACAUCAUCAUAUUCAUAACCAACAACAAAACCAUCAUCAACAAUCACAUCAACAACAUUCUCAACAACCAUGUCAAAAUAGUCAAACUUCCAACAAUGUUAAUUCUUCCAACAUUGAUAAUACUCCAUUGUAUAAUAAUAAUAAUAAUCAAACUUUGAAUCGAAUUACUUCUGCGCAAAGUGGCAGUAAUAAUAAUACCAAUACCAACAAUACAAAUACAAAUACAACCAACACCCAUUGUAAUCAUAAUAAUAAUAAUAAUAAUAAUACCGAUGCUGUAAAUGAUAACCAUUAUUUAAGUUUUUUAAAUCCUUCAUCUCUUAACAACCACAAUAACACUACGACCAAUACCAAUACCACCAACAACAACAAUAAUAAUAGUAUUGUUGUUUAUAACCAAAACAAUCAUAACCAUCAUCACCAUCAUCACCAUCACCUUCAAUUUUCCAACAACAACAUUAACAAUCCCAACAACAUCAAUAACAAUACACCAACCAACAACAACAACAACAACAAUAACCAACAAGAAAUAUUGUUAGAUUACACCAUCUAUCAAAGUAUUACUAUAUAG